UUACAGAUAAGCUCCUUCCCUCUCAGAAACACCCGCGCCAUCAUCAUCAUCAUCAUCGUCUCCUUAUCCACAUCUUCUCACUCUCUAUUACCCCUCUUCGCCAUUUUCUUGCCCUAAAAAACAGACAAAGAAAAAAGCCGAGCGCUCAACUCAAUGGCGAUUUCAUUUUCAUCUACAACAUCUAUACGGUCGCUCCUUUCAGUUCGAGAUUCUUCUUAUAAUAGAGCAACUGGAAAAUGCAUUCCUCCUCUUACUGCCAAGGCAUCUUCAUUGGGUGCAUCUUCAAAUUAUGUAAAAUUUCUAGAUGGUUCUAUUAAAUUUUGUUGCAAAGCUGCUCUUGUCGCCGGAGAAUCUGGAAAAAAGAGAACAGGGGUUUGGAAGUGUGCAACAAUCGAAGAAAUCGAAGCUGAAAAGUCUGCAAUCAAAUCAGAUGCUAAAAACAGGAUGGAGAAGACUCUUGAAACAGUUCGAGAAAAUUUUAAUGGUUUUCGGACAGGAAGAGCGAGUCCAACCAUGCUAGAUCGGCUCGAGGUCGAGUAUUAUGGAAGUCCAGUUAGCUUGAAAAGCAUCGCUCAAAUUACGACUCCAGAUGGAAGCUCUCUUCUCAUUCAACCAUAUGACAAAUCUUGCUUAAAAAUUAUCGAGAAGGCAAUAGUCAAUUCCAAUCUUGAUUUAAAUCCUAGUAACGAUGGUGAGGUGAUUAGGCUGACUGUUCCACAAUUGACAUCUGACAGAAGGAAGGAGUUGGCAAAAUUGGCAGCUAAACAAGCCGAAGAAGGGAAGGUAGCUAUUAGAAAUAUACGAAGGGAUGCCAUAAAAUCCUACGAGAAACUUGAGAAGGAGAAAAAGCUUUCUGAAGACAUUGUUAAAGACUUGUCAGGUGAUUUGCAGAAAGUAACGGAUGAUUAUAUGAAGAAGAUUGAAGCCCUUUUCAAGCUGAAAGAGAAGGAGAUGCUGAAAGUCUAAAGCACUCUUCGUUACCCAAUGUUAAUGGGCUGAGUCUACUCUUCAACAUGUCUUGCAGAUAAUCUCUCUGCCAUCGCUGUUAAUUUUGAGGGAACCUUGCCAAAUUUUGCAAGAUAAAAAAGAUUUUAAGGCAAGUUAAGUCUGUAGUUCUGAUUUUAUGUAUUGGAUGUUGAACAUUACAUAUGAGAAUAUAAACUUUGAAUGUGAGUACAUUGAAACUGUCGUUGAUUUGAUAUUGUUCAAUUGUAUGGAAUAGUUCAAAAUUUUAGCACAUGCUGU